UAGAUGCGGAAGUCAACUGUCAUAUGACUGCAAAAGAAAAGCUAAACAUGUUGCUAAUCCCUGGAUGACAAUUUUCACCAAAAGAUGGAGGAGAUAAGAAUGUCUCCUGACUACAACUGGUUUCGAAGCUCGGUUCCCCUGAAAAGAAUUAUUGUAGAUGAUGAUGACAGCAAAGUCUGGUCUCUGUAUGACGCUGGGCCGAAAAGCAUCAGGUGCCCAAUCAUCUUUCUUCCUCCCGUCAGUGGCACGGCUGAAGUUUUCUUCCAGCAAGUGCUGGCUCUUACAGGCUGGGGCUAUCGUGUAAUUUCGCUCCAGUACCCAGUCUAUUGGGAUCUUUUGGAAUUUUGUGAUGGAUUUAAGAAACUUCUAGACCACUUGCAACUAGACAAAGUGCACCUGUUCGGCGCUUCUUUGGGAGGAUUUCUAGCUCAGAAAUUUGCAGAGGUCACACACAAAUCACCUCGAGUGCAUUCUCUAAUCCUGUGCAAUUCAUUCAGCGAUACGUCUAUUUUUAACCAAACGUGGACCGCUAACAGUUUCUGGUUAAUGCCAGCCUUUAUGCUUAAGAAGAUUGUUCUUGGAAACUUUGCCAAAGGACCUGUUGAUCCUAAAAUGGCAGAUGCCAUUGACUUUAUGGUGGACAGACUAGAGAGCCUGAACCAGAGUGAACUUGCGUCCCGGCUCACGCUGAACUGCCAGAACUCCUACGUCGAGCCUCACAAAAUAAAGGAUGUUUCAGUUACCAUUAUGGAUGUAUUUGAUCAAAGUGCACUAUCAAAUGAAGCGAAGGAGGAAAUGUAUAAACUAUACCCUAAUGCGAGAAGGGCUCACCUCAAAACCGGCGGCAACUUCCCUUAUCUUUGUCGGAGUGCUGAAGUUAAUCUUUACAUCCAAAUACAUCUGCGACAGUUCCAUGGGACGAGAUACGCUGCCAUCAACCCUGCUAUGGUUAGUGAGGAAGAGCUAGAGGUCCAAAAGGGCAAUCUGAAUAACCAUAGAGAGAGCGGCGAUGAAUCAUAAGAAGACCCCCAUCUUCCUCCCCUUCCUGACCCGCAGCCUACACUGAGCCAAUUUCAUAAGCUUGGACUUUCUAAUUCAGUGCUACUCAUCACAUGGCGGGAAAAAAAAAACUCCUUUUUCGCCUCACAUUUUUUUCUACCACGGAUUUAAUUGAAAUGAUGAACUAAAAGAGCCUAUUUUUACUUUCCAGAUACAAUAUUUUGAUAUGUAUUAUUACUGUAAAUAAUUUAAACCAGAGUACUGGGUAUUAUUUCACAGGAUGCCAUUUUGAACUGGUUGCCUUUUACCCCGUAUUUGAUUAGUCUUGCUCAUGUUCUUUUUUCGCUUUUGUUUUGUUACUGUAACUCAUGCACUGAUUAAAAGUAGAGCAUACAAAUGUCACAGAUGUGGAAGGAUGAAGAUAUGUAUAUUAUGUUAAAAAAAGGUCCUCAAAUUUAAAUGAAUAAUUAGCAGGAAAAAAUACAGUAUUCAUGUAAUUAGCCAGGACAUGCUUGGUGUUUUCUUAUUCCUGUUUUGCACUGGACCUGGAAAAUUAACGUGGGCGAAGCAUAGAAACUUGUCUUAAAUCAUUUUUCCCGUACACAUCUUAAUCAGACCAAAACCAGAUAUUUGUGACUGGCAGCGUCAGUCCCUGUAAUCUAUAGUGAAACAAUCUUUACUGUGUAGAACACUUUAACAUGAUUGAGACAGCUGUUUGGAACUAC